CGCCUCCGUCGGCGGCGGCGGCGGCGGCGGUCACUCCACUCGAGUCGCCGUCACGCCGCCGGCCGGAGCGGGCCCAUGUACGCCGACGGCGUGCGUGUGACCGUGGUCAGUGAGCUGCUGCGUGUCGAUCCGCCGCCCGCCGCCGGACUGGACGCGGCCGGCCAGCCGGCGGCGGCCGAUGGCCAGCACCGCGACCAGGAGCGCGGCGAGCGCGGCCGGCCGCCGCCCAGCCGCGGCGCGCCGCUCUCGGCCGGAGCGGAGAAGGCGGCCGCCGCGCAGCAGGAGCGCUGGCUGCUGACGGGCGCCACGGGCCUGUCGCGCCGCUGGGUCACCACCACCAUCCUGUUCGGCAUCAUCUUCGCCUACUGCGUGCUGGGCUCGUUCAUGUUCCAGGCGAUUGAGGGCCCGCUGGACCGCGAGAGUGUUGAGCGCUCGGCGGCGCUGCGCCAGGGCGUAGUGGACGAUAUCAUGGAGCAGCUGCUCGCCAACUUGUCGUGCCACAACGCGUCCGAGGAGGGCGAGCCGGUGUCAUCCGAGUGCGGCAGGCUGCUCGGACAGCUGCGCGGCGCGCUCAACGCGCACGUCACAGAGCGCGUGGUGCAGUUCGAGACGGACCUAGUAGCCAUGGUGAAACGGGGCUUUUACCGUACCAGUCCACAGUGGGACUUUUGGUCGGGCUGGUUCUACAGCGGCACCAUCAUCACCACUAUAGGUUACGGGCACAUGGUGCCGGCCACCACGGUCGGCCGCGCCAUCACCAUGCUGUACGCGCUGAUAGGCGCACCACUGUUCCUGGUGCUGCUCUCCGACUCGGGCAAGCUGCUGACGCGCUCGCUGAAGCUGAUGUGGGCCGUUCUGAGCCGGCUGGCCGACACGCUUCGCUCGCCGAACCGCUCGCUGCAGGCCGUCUCUGCCGCCGUCCGGAUUCGAGCCAGCAGUCCUAGUUACGUGGUGGACGAGCAGUUUGACCUUCCAAUAAUGGUGGCCUUGUCAUUAGCGCUGUGUUACCUUCUAAUGGGAGCAGCAAUAUUCCAGCAAAUAGAAGAUUGGAACUACUUUGAAUCACUCUAUUUUGUCGUUAUCUCCAUGUUUACUAUUGGAUUUGGAGACUAUGUUAUCUCGGAUUCGGCCACGAUGGCCGCGUCGAUGGCGUACUUCGUCUUCGGGCUGGCGCUCACCUCCAUGUGCAUCAACAUUGUCAAGUUGCGCUUUUCUGCUUUCUUCACGACGGUGGGAACGACCAUCACCGACCAGCUGCGCAAGGGCUCGCGCUCGCUGACACCGCGCCGCGUGGAGGUGGCGCCUGUGCACGGCGCAGACCGGGGCGAGGCCAAGGUGGCCUGGCACACCAAGAGCCCGUUCGUCAGCAGCUCCUGAGGACCGGCGGGAUGCUGAGGCGCGGCGGUCGGCGGGCAGACAGGUCUGCCGUGACCCGAGCUACCGAGCAGCAAUUAGAACAGUUAGAACUCUGGACAGUGGAGCGGAUCGACGACACGAAUCAGAGGAUUGACCCGCUCACCAUAAGCCGGCUGAGAGCGCAUUCAACAUUGAGGUCGGGUUGGAAAGCCCCGUGUCGUCAGGCAGAUGGGCGGGUGCGGGUGCGGGGGCGGGGGCGGGUCGAUGACCGUCAGAACGGUGACACGCACUCCGCCCGGCCCCCGCACCGGCGCCGGGGGAGCGGCACGGCGAUCCUCUUUACGUGGUGACAAUGGCGCCGCGCCGCCACACACCGGCGGUGACCAGUCUCGGCAGGUGGGACGGCCAGGGUGAGCUCACCGGGGCGUUACCAGUUACUGCCGUCCAGUGCAAUCCAGUCCAGUCCAGUGCUGCUGUCAGUCCGGUCCAAAGCAGCGAUCAAGUCUAGUUCAGUCCCAGCCUCUAGCUCUUCAUCCACUCCAGUUAGAGACUGCCGUCCAGUCUUCUCAAGUAACGUCCAGUUCCGUCCAGUUUUGCCGUCCGCUCCAGUCCAGCGCCUAUGAGGUGACAAGAGGCAUUUUGAGGGAAUGAACGUCUAUUUCACUGGCGUCCCGCCACGCUAUUUACUACGCAUUGCUGCUGCAAUGAAAUGGUUGCUAGUUUCUUCAUAACUGCCUCGAUUUGACAGUUAGUGAAAAUGCUCUGUUAUUGUUACUUGUAGAUGUGUGUAAGAAAUGGUCCGAAUCUGCGACCCUGUCGACAUUUGUCCUGUGAUAUAUUCUGGAUAGCCUUCUAGCCGCGUUUCGUGGUGGACUCUCCAUUGACUAGGGAGUCAUAGAUUCAUAAUUCAUAUAGUCGGGCCUCUGGUAUUGCCGUUCCCGCGAGCGGCCGGCGCGCCUGCCGGUCGAUAGGACCAUGCGACGGAGACACAUUAUGUAUGCCACUGAACUUCUUAUGCAUGUCUCAACAGAGUGUUAUUUUUGUGAGUCAUUACCUGAUCGAUGGUGCAGAUUGUGUGCGGAACGGUAGAUAUUUUAACCGCGGACAGACAUGCAGUCUUGUUGUGUGUGAAGCCAGCUUUAGGAGUUGAGAGCCACCUACCGGGCCCGUCCUCUGCACAGAUGCGCUGUAUUUCGAGGCGCCAAUAAAGGGCCGUUGCCAUA